UCCAUUCAGGGAGUGGAGCUAAAGGAAUCAUGCCUCCUAAGAAAAAAACGAAAAAGACCACAAAGAAGGCUCCCGAAAAAUGUGAAAAUGAUGUAGAAGCAAAGUAUAAGCACAGUAUUCUGGAUAUAGCCGUCCUACAGGAUCAUAUUGCCAUACAGCGUGAGUCUGCAAUAAAGAUCCAGUCUGAUAGAGCUGACCUGAGGAGACGCAUGAGAGACAUGGAGCAGAAGCUGCAGCACGAGGGACAAGACCACAGGGAUGUGAACUCUGACCUCCGUCGACAGUACAAAUCGAUGCAGACGGACCUGAGCAGCAAGGUGAAGAGGCUGGAGAAGGAGGUCGGCCAGCUGAAAGAGGAACUUGUCCUGUGUCAGGAUGAAUUGAAGAGAGAGAAAAGAGAGCGUGAGCAGGUUGAACAGGAGAAGGACACCGUCAUAUCUGACCUCUGUCAUAAGAUGGACAACAUGGAAACUGACUAUGAGAAGAUCCUGCAUGAGACUUUAGACUGUCUGACUUCCCAGCUGUCUGUGGCUGGACAGGAAUGGAAGGGCAAGAGCACAGAGCUUCAUCAAAAUCACAAGGACCUGCUCUCUGAAUUUGGCUUGAAUGCUGCGAACAUCUGAGACAGACUUAAAAGAUCUAAAGGCAGCCGCUCCUCUCGAUGAGACACAUUUGUAGGUUCUGAUAAAUAAGACCGUUACAUUUUCGUAAAACAAAAGUGAAACCUGCGACAUUAUCAACUUUUAGCUCAUGAUUAAGUAUGCCUGAAACUGUGGCUGUUGGUACCAUAUUUCAUCACCAGAGUACAAAAUGGGCAGAUCUGACUGCAUGUAUCCAUAGAUAUCCAUAAAGUGUUUGUAAUGUCGUGUAAUGACCACUAGAUGUAGCAAAUGACUGUCAAUGGUUUCAAAGAUGGUGUCUUUAGUAAAAUAAGAAGAGGAACACAAUCACAUUAAAGGAAUGAUACGUGUGCUGUACUGUAUAAACACAUCAAUAAAGGCUUUAAAAUCAAUAGCCAUGCUAGCAAUGAUGACAAU